AUGUCGACUCCUGUCAACUUCAAUCCAUCCAAGGCAUAUGCUCAGCAAGAGGAAGUGUACUUCAACGACGGAAGGGAAGCACAACUACUUCACCAUAUCCAAUCACGAUCGGACGUCGAUAAAUUGAUAGGGUCUCCCAAGAAAGUCCUCGCCGCUAUCGAUGAAUUUGGGCGUCGGCAGAAAUAUCUGAUGAAUGUCGGUGAGGACAAAGGAGGCAUAGUGACCAAGUUGAUCCACGAGACGCGCCCAAGAGUGAUGAUUGAGCUCGGUGGCUACGUUGGAUACUCAGCUAUCCUAUUCGGCGACGCAGCGCGAACCGCCGGCGCCCAAGAAUACCUCUGCCUCGAGAGCAAUGCCGAAUUUGCCACCGUUGCAAGGUCUCUCAUUGACCUUGCCGGGCUUGCUUCGUUUGUAAAGAUUAUUGUCGGGUCUAGCAGCGACUCGCUCCGCACGCUGCACGCUUCUGGCAAGCUGUCGCACAUUAACUUUUUGUUCCUGGACCACUACAAGCCUGCCUAUCUGCCCGAUCUGCAGCUGUGCGAGCACCUGGGUCUCAUCAGAAAUGGCACCGUCAUUGCGGCGGACAAUGUCAUCAAGCCAGGCAAUCCUCCGUACUUGGCGUAUGUGAGGAGCGAUGUAGAGAGCAAGAAGCGGGCGUAUGCUUCGGAUCCGCAGGCAACAAGUGCGACCGACAGUACUGUUCGGGGGAAUCCCAACCUUGUCUACCAAAGCGAGCUGUUUCAAAGUUUCGAACCGACUGGCAUGCCGGACGGUAUCGAGGUAACUAUGUGUCUCGGUUUGGAUGAUGCGCUCUCCUCAGGGGUCUGA